AAAAAACAAGAAAACAAAAGAAUCAAAUAAAAAGGAUUGUCAUUUUUUCUUUAUUUUUUGCAUUCAACUGCGCGCGCGCGAUCCCUAAAAUAUCCUGAAAUAUUCUUGUUUGAAUAAUAAGUGAAUAUAAUUAAAUUAUGUUUUAAAAGUAAAACAAUUAUCGAAUUAAUCCAAAAAUCAACAAGAUGAUAAAUAUAUUAUUUCUAUUAGUUUUAUUAAUUAGUUGUAAUCUAGUUCUAAUUAAUUCACAAAUAUAUCAAAAUGAACCAAGAAUUCCAGAGGAAGUAUCAGUUAGUGAAAGACAAUUUCGUGUUGUCUAUGAAUGGCGUACAAUUGAUUUUGCAUAUAGAACAGAUUUUGAAAGAGCACAAGCACGACAAGCUGGCGAAUUUGUUGAACAAAAUAUUUUAAUAAGUGAUGCUAAGGCAUUUGCAAAUCGUUUAUAUUUAACAAUGCCAAGAAUGUUACCUGGUGUACCAGCAACAUUAGGAUGGGUAAUAACACCUGAUGAAAAUGGUAGAACUGAUCCUUUAGUAGAACCGUUCCCAUCAUGGGAAAUGAAUAGGGAAGGAGAUUGUCGUGCUUUACAAUUUGUUCAAGGUAUUGCUAUCGAUGGUAAUGGUUUCUUAUGGGCUGUUGAUUCAGGAAGAAUACAUACUUUAAGACCGGAUCGUCCAAUUCAAACAUGUCCACCAAAACUUUUAAUUAUGGAUUUAAAGAAAAAUGGAACAAUAGUACAUCGUUAUGAAUUCCCUGAAGAGGUUGUAGCCAGGGGUACAAAUUAUUUAAAUAAAAUUGUUAUCGAUGAUGCAUUUGGUAGUUUCGCUUACAUAACAGACAAUAGUGGUUCUGAUCCAGGUAUUGUUGUUUUUUCGAAACGAUUAAAUAGAUCAUGGAAAAUACGUGAACCAAAUUCAAUGAGAGCAGCAUUAAAUGCUGUUGAUUUUGCUGUUAAUGGUACACAAUUACGUUUUUCAAUUCAUAUUGAUGGUAUUGCACUUGGUCCAUACUAUAAUCCACAAACUGGUGAUACUCUUACAAUUAAUUCACCAAAAAUUGGAUUAGCUGAACAAAAUUAUGAACGUAAUGUUUAUUAUUCACCAUUAUCAAGUUAUCAUUUAUAUUCGAUACCAGCUUCAAUAUUACGUGAUCCAGAAUUUCCUAGACGUUCAACACCACGUCAAGUAUUUGAAACUGUAACAGAUUAUGGUUUAAAACAUUCACAAACUGAUGGUAUGAUUAUGGAUAAUCGUGGUAUAUUAUAUUUUGGUUUAUUAAAGGAUCAUGCUAUUGCAUCAUGGGAUUCAUUUCAACCUUUUACACCAAAUAAUCAACAUAUUAUUGCACAAGAUGAUGACUAUAUUCAAUGGGUUGAUGGUAUGACAUUUGAUGAAAGCGGUCAUUUAUUUGUUGUUAUCAAUCGUUUACAUAAUUUUGUUGCUGGUCGAUUAAAUCCAAAUGUUGUCAAUUUUCGUAUAUUAAGAGCAAAAGUUGGUGGACAAAGUUAUGUUAUUACAAAUGGUCCUGGACCAGGUAAUAUAUUACCUGAAGCUGGUGGUAUAUAUAUACGACCAGAAGUUGAUCCAUUUUAUAUUAAUAAUAAUGGUAUAGGUAUUUCAUCAACAACACCAUUCUUUAAUCAUUUAGAAGGUGGUAAUCCAUAUUCAUAUUAUAAUGGAGGUUAUAGAAAUACUUUUAAUUAUUUCAGUAUAUUUUUAACAAUAAUUAUUGCCACAAUUUUACGUUUGUAAAAUGAAAAGUAUUUAAUUCAUAUAUAUACAUACAUAUAUUUAUAUAUAUAUAUAUAUAUAUGUACAUAGAUUUUUAUAGUCAGAAGCUCAAAGAUUAUUUAAAUUAAAAAAUUUAUUAUAAGAAAUGAAAAUUAGCUUAUAUAUAAAAUAAAUAAUACAACCAUUUUGUUAAUCUUUAAUAUUAACAAUUAAAUUUUAAUUCUAACAAAACUCAUUUUAAUUGACAAAUUAAAUUCCACAACAAAAGUAUAAAUAGGUAUAGUGAAAUUCUGAAAUUAAAUAAUUUUUUAAAUAAAUAGAAUUAUGAGGGCAUUUUACAAAUUGUUAAUUUUUUUAAAUGGAAAUAAAUUUGUAAUCCAAUUAUAAUAAUUAAUUCGUAAAACUAUAAUUUAAAAAUUUUACCCCGGACAUCAAUUAAUACUGUAAUAGUCAAAUAUCAUUUCCGUUUCAUCCGG